AUGGCGAUUCUUUCGAGCCUGCAUUAUGACCUCGGCGUUGGGCUCCUCAUCUUUGUCGCAAUUGUUCAUGCUGCUCGCACGGUUUUCAGUGUGUAUUUCGGCCCACUGGCGAAGUUUCCCGGCCCCAAACUCGCAGCCGCAACACUCUUAUACGAGUUCUACUACGAUGUAAUCUGCAAGGGCCAAUACACAUGGAAGAUAAAGGAACUUCAUGGGCGAUACGGGCCAAUUAUUCGAAUUAGUCCAUAUGAGCUCCACAUUGAUGAGCCAGAUUAUUAUGAGGAGCUGUACUCCACCAACAAGCCGCGCAACAAAUACAAGUUUCUCGUCGCUCAAUAUGGCCUACCUGAUACAAGUUUCGCAACCAUCGACUGGAAAUUCCAUCGGUCGCGACGUGCGGCCAUGAGUCCAUUUUUCUCUAAGCAGAACGUCAACCGCCUGGAGCCGAUGCUAAAUCAUAUGGUCGAGAAGCUGUGUAAACGGAUUGAGGAGUACCAGGCUUCAGGAGAGCCAUUGUUGAUCCGUCAGGCGUAUAUGUGCUUUACGACUGAUGUUAUUACGCUCUAUGCCCUGAAUCGCAGUUGGGGAUUUCUAGACAGUCCUGAUCUAUCACCUCUCUGGGUUGAGACGAUGAAAGCUGUGGUUAAGACGGGGGCACUUGUGAAAUAUUUCCCGUUUCUUAUGGUUCUUAUCGAAAUUUUUCCUAUCAAGGUUAUUGAAAAAAUAGAUCCAGGGACAGGGCUACUUCUACGGUUCCGCGAGAAAGUGCAGCAAGACACCCAGAAAGUAAUCGAUGGCAGAUAUAAGCACUCACAAGAGCAAACUGAUCUUGGGAUGGACAAGACUAUCAUUCACGAGCUUCUAGAGUCCGAUCUUCCCCCCGAAGAAAAACUGCAUUCUCGACUUUGGCAAGAGGCCCAAGUUGUGAUUGGUGCCGGAGCAGACACAACAGCUACGGCGUUGAAUGUCACGCAUUUCCAUGUUCUUGAUAAUCCGGACGUUUUAAAAAUAUUGAGAGCAGAGCUCGAGACUGCUAUGCCAGACAAAUUUGCACCGGCAAAGCUAUCUGUUGUAGAACGUCUGCCGAGCUACAAGGGUGCCGUGGUACAAGAGGGCUUGAGGCUAUCUUACGGAGUAGUUUCUCGCCUCCAACGCUCGCAUCCAACAGAAGUCUUGAAGUUCCAUGACUGGGAGAUUCCUCCAGGAGUAAGAUUUGCCCACCUAUCCUCCCCUAAUACACCAGUAGGCAUGACCUCGGUCCACAUUCACGAGAAUGCAGACAUCUUCCCCGAACCUAUGAAAUUUAAGCCAGAGCGCUGGCUCAAAAAGGUCCUCGAAGACGCACCACCUCUUGACCGAUACCUAGUAACGUUUACAAAAGGCUCGAGACAGUGUGCUGGAAUAAAUCUUGCGAGGGCUGAGUUGUACCUUACGCUCGCGACAAUCUUCCGUCGAUUUGAGGAUCAGGCUCUGUUCAAGAGUUCAAGGUUGGAUGUCGACGUUAAACAUGAUUAUCUUCUGCCACAACAAGAUGCUAAGAGCAAUGGAGUAAAGGUAUAUCUUCAAGUCUUUCACGAUAUUAAGCUUACUACAAAGAGUUCAUUCGCUAUGCAACGGCUGGUUGCAUGCUCCAAGUACGCCUUUGCCUUUGGAGAACCGGACGAAGUCAUCUCCAGAAACUAUGACUACCUCCUGCCAGAAGACUGCCUACCGCUGUCACAGGUGCGCUGCCGCAUCACGGAUAGCAAGUACGGAUGGCGAUACAAGCUGCUAUGGGAUGGCAUAACCUCUUUUAUCGACAUUGGGAUUGGUUUUAGGAGAUACGUUCAGGCGGAGGACUUACUCGUUGCACUAGUUGUGAUUUCAAAUGGGCCAUUGUUUGUUGACGUCCGUCGCCAGAGCGUCAUGAGAGAUGGGCGCCUUGAGCUGUUGCCUGCAGGUGGUGGCUUACAUCUUCAGUUCUAUAUUCCCGCCGCCGCAACCGACAAGAGCCCCUUUAUUUGGCCAGCCAUCGGCAGAGCGUAUGAAAUUCCAGCAGGUCUUUCCAAGUCAGAGUUGACGCUGGCGAAGUCCUGGCUGAGCGAUUGCAUCACGAGGAGGGGAAAACACCAGAACUGUGGCAAGAAUGAAGACCCCCCUCUCUUGCCUACUCGAGUGAUAGAUGUUGGAUCCUUGAACGCGGACAUUUGUUUGCAUGUAUCGUACCCUGGAGAAAAGAGCCACUACGUUGCCCUCAGUCACUGCUGGGGCGGAGUGGUACCAAUCAAGACUACCACAUCUAUCAUCCACGAGUUUAUGAGAAGGCUCCCAGUCGAGAUGCCGAAGACCUUCGCCGAUGCUAUUGCCGUGACAAGAACUCUGGGCCAGAGAUAUCUUUGGAUAGAUUCACUCUGUAUUCUGCAGGACUCGACGGACGACUGGAUCGCUGAAUCUUCCCGCAUGGAUCAGGUGUAUUCUCGGGCACUCUUUACUAUCGUCGCGGAUGCCGCCAAAGACAGUACUUCAGGGUUUCUCGAACCGCAGGCGAGGAAUGUUCGGAAGACCUCGGUGGUUAUCUGUGACCUUACUACCUUGACAGACAUAACAGCUUUACCCACUGCUGUCCACAUACGGGAAAGAGGUGACUUGGCAUUCCAACUUCCCUACCAUGACUUCCAUCCUGUCUGGGCUGAAAGGUCAGAACUUCCUCCACGCAGCAAACUAUCGACGAGGGCCUGGGCGUUCCAGGAGAGACUCUUGUCCCCACGCACGCUGCACUUCGGUCCCAGCGAGAUGGCCUGGGAGUGUCGUGAACUUUGCAGCUGCGAAUGCUCAGCGACAAACGAGCGGACCAGCCGCAUCACGAAUCUAUUGAAAGGCUCUAUAGCCCUGCGGCCAGUCCCCACACCCAGUGGGGUGUCGAUGCAAAGCGUUCUGCGCAGUCUUGAUAACGCCUGGCAAAGAGACAUCGUAGAAGAAUAUACCCGGCUGGACCUUACCAGGGAUACAGAUCGAUUGUCUGCUCUUGCUGGUGUAGCUAUAAGGGCUUCGACCCUGCGGCUAGGGGACCAGUACAUGGCUGGGAUGUGGCGCAACACUAUCAGAGCAGGUCUCUCAUGGUAUACUACACCAGGACGACCUAGUCGUCGUCCUCCUAGUGAAAAUGCACCGCCAACAUGGUCUUGGGCGUCGGUAUCUGGGCAAAUACAGCAUGCGCGUGUUGCUGACGUUCCAAGCGAUGCUCCUUUCAUGGAAGUUCUUAGCGUGCAAUACACCCCCGACGCCAGGUCACCGAUGGGGGCAGGGCCACAGACGCCUGCGUCGCUUUUGGGCUCGGGUUACCUGGUUCCUAUCGAUAGCGUAUGGUUCCAGCCCUUUAUCGGUGACUCAGAUGUGUGCUACAGGUCCUGCUAUCGUGUGAAGUGGCCUUCAAAUGUAGAUUUGCCCGAAAACUGUGUUGUUAUGAUGGACGUAAAUAAAGCUACUGCCCCCUACGAUGCAAGCAUUCAGCUGGGUAGAUUGGAUGAUAUGGAACUAGAGAGCAUGGACCUGGUCAUGCUUUUAACGGCUCUGUCAAAGGGAGUAGUCUAUGGAUUGGUAUUAAAUCGGCGUGGUGCGGGCGGGGAUAUCCCUGAGUACGAGAGGGUGGGCUUCAUCAACGGGAUGGACUCGAUAGGGGCAUUCGUCUCAUGGAAUUCAAGUUCAUACUCGGCUACUCCAAUGUUUACGGGAGACUGGGAGCCUGAUGAGAGUGGGGGAAUAAGCGAUAUCCUCGAGCGUGCUAGUGUCAAAAGAAGCACGAUGAAGAUUUGUCGUGCCAACAUCAAAAUCUGGAUGCUCACUGGAGAUAAACGAGAAACGGCGAUCAACAUUGGUCAUUCGUGUGGCCUAAUAAAAGCGCAUUCCAUAAUAUUCAACCUGAACGAUGAAGACGGGGGCGACAUGGUGGGGAAGGUUCGCUCUACCAUUUCAACUCUUGAAACGGCAGCUCACAACGCAGUUGCCGUUGACGGCAAUACUUUGGCAACCAUCUACAAUGAGCCUUCCGGGUCCCUCAAAGUGCUCUUCUUUGACUUAAAGGCUCAGGUUGUAAGCAGUAUCAGAAAGCGCGUACCGAACUCGGUUACUUUGUCUGUAGGAGACGGUGCAAACGACAUUGCAAUGAUCCAAAAAGCCCAUAUUGGCAUCGGCAUCACUGGUAAAGAAGGUUUCCAGGCAGCCCGCAGUUCGGAUUAUUCCAUUGCACAGUUCCGAUUCUUGCAAAAGCUUAUUUUGGUUCACGGAAGGUGGAACUACAUCCGAACGUGCAAAUACGCCCUGGGUACACUCUGGAAAGAUACGGUCUUCUUCUUGACUCAAGCUCUCUUCCAACGCUGGAAUGGAUUUACGGGGACGAGUUUGUAUGAGCCUUGGAGUCUAACAACAUUCAACACUCUUUUUACAUCGCUUCCCGUUAUAAUUAUUGGCAUUUUCGAAAAGGAUCUUGAAGCCUCAACGCUUUUGGCUGUGCCGGAGCUAUACAGAAUUAUGGGCCAGAAGAACCGCGGUUUUAACUUUUGA